AGUGCCGGGAAAUACAGCAGUGGAGCUGCACCGGCUUCCGAUGCUGAUCUCAGUGUGAACAAUGUUGGUCUGUGGUUCCUCUCCCGUCUGAUCUGAUCUGAGUCAGCAGCUCAUUGCGAAGAAAAGUCUCGUCAGGGUGAAACUGGGACCUUCCAGCUGUGGGGUUUCCAGAUGUCCCGGAUGAACCAAAGUGCAGAUUGUUGAGAUUCCUUCUUGGUUUUUUUUUUGGUUCUUUCUGCACACCUGACCUUGUUCUCUGCCGGAGGCAGCGCAUCUCUAUUGAAGGGACGCCGCGCCUAGUCUUUGACGAUGAAGUUCAACCUGUUCAGAACGGCACAGGCCGUGGCGGCCGCCGAGCCCACCGGUGUCACCGCCGCCACCGCGGCUCCCACCCAGGCCUUCGUCUCCACCUCGGCGCCGGACACCUCCGGCUCCAACAACACAGAGAUCAGCAAGAACGACAUGUUUGAGGAGAUCAAGAGCAAAUUCCUGAACGAAAUUGAUAAAAUCCCACUGCCUCCCUGGGCUCUGAUUGCCAUCGCUGUGGUGGCCGCGUUGCUCGUCCUCACCUGCUGCUUCUGCAUCAUCAAAAAAUGCUGCUGCAAGAAGAAGAAGAAUAAGAAAGGAAAGAAGGGCAAGGAUGGCUUCAAUAUGAAGAACAUGCAGGGCGAGAUACACCAGGACGACGAAGACGACGAGGAGGGAGAAACCGGACUGACGGAGGAGGAGAAAGAGGAGGAGGAGAAGGAAGAAGAGAAGCUGGGGAAGCUGCAAUAUUCUAUAGAUUAUGAUUUUGAAAAUGCAAAGCUCACAGUUGGCAUCCUUCAAGCUGCCGACCUCAUAUCUAUGGAUUCGGGUGGAACCUCCGAUCCGUACGUCAAGGUCCAGCUCUUACCCGAGAAGAAGAAGAAGUAUGACACCAAAGUCCACAAGAAAACACUGAACCCUGUCUUCAACGAGACUUUUGUGUUCAAGGUGCCCUACGAGGAGCUCGGGGGGAAGAUUCUGUCCAUGUCUGUCUAUGACUACGACCGAUUUUCCAAACAUGACGUCAUUGGAGAGGUGAAGAUUCCCAUGAACACCAUCGACCUGGGACGACCGAUCGAGGAGUGGAAGGAUCUGGAGAGCGCCGAUCAAGAGGAGCCCGAGAAACUCGGUGACAUCUGCAUCUCCCUCCGUUAUGUCCCCACCGCCGGGAAACUCACCGUCUGCAUCCUGGAGGCAAAGAACUUGAAGAAGAUGGAUGCCUGUGGAUUGUCUGAUCCGUACGUUAAGAUCCAGCUCCUGCAGGGGGGUAAGCGUCUGAAGAAAAAGAAGACGACAGUGAAGAAGAACACCCUGAACCCUUACUACAAUGAAUCCUUCAGCUUUGAAAUCCCACUGGAACAGAUGCAGAAAAUCUUAGUGGCGGUCACAGUGUUUGAUUAUGACAAGAUCGGUAAGAACGACGCCAUUGGAAAGAUCUUCGUGGGCAGCAAGGCGUCUGGCCUCGGUCUGAAGCACUGGUCCGACAUGCUGUCCAAUCCGCGCCGCCCCAUCGCCCAGUGGCAUCCGUUGCAGCCAGAGGAGGACAUCGACGGUCAGCUGGCAUCCUUGAAUGCAAAGAAGUAACGUGCUCCACCAACCAACCGGUGCACUGACUCAGAAUUCCAACCCCCGCCCUCUACUUUGCAUGAAAACCAUGACUUAACACGUGACUGCUCGUCAUGAAACCCGCUCAGCAAAAAAGAGACAUCUUAGAAUAUCCCCUCAUUAACUGUUGAGUCGAAAACCAACUCUUUUUAAGCUUCUCAUUUCACACAUUGGUGUUUGCUGGAGAGAGUGGCGUUGAGUUAUGGGUGACUGGUUCACAGAUGAUCGACUGGUGGUCUUUCUUUCAUUUGAAGAAACUCCGAAACUGAUUCUUAGGGUGCUGACACUGAACGAAUGUCUUGGUGAAGACAAUGCUGGAAAUAAAGCUU